AUGAAUGUGUUGCCUCAAGCAAUCCUACAAAGCCCGGGGGAGCAUCCCAGGUUCAUAAAGCAGACUGUUUGCCCCUCAUUAGACUUCAUAAGGAUUCAUUUGAUCAAAGACAAAGAUGGCAUAGAUGAUUAUUUGGAGAAGAAUAUCAAAGGAUUGUCAAAACAAGAAGCUGCUGUUAACAGGAAUUCAUACAAGAAGAACAUCUGCAUAGACAUGCUGCGACAGGGUUAUCACGAGUCCUUCUCCGAGCUCUUCUCUCUGAUACAGAAGUGGGAUGCCUUGAGGGAGGCUGCAGGGCCUGGGUCAGCCAUAUGGCAGCAGAAGUCCCUAGAGGAGCAGCCUGAUAAGCUGGAUCAGCUUUACUACUUCCUGACCAGGGCUGAGGGGGCCCAGCGAGCAGGGCAUUAUGAGGAGGUGUAUGAUAACCAGCUAAACUUGGCCUACUGUUUCAAUGACUCUGAGGACAAAUGGUUAAGAAACUACUUUUAUGAGAAAUGCUUUAACACUGCUCAACUAAUAAAAAUUGAUGCUGGGAAGAGAGAGGCACAAGCACACGUAAAUAUGGGCCUCGUCAAUGAGAAACAAGGUGAUAUCGUGAAAGCUGCUGAGCAUUAUGAAGCAUUUUAUCAGCUGACAGAGGGCUCAACAUGGAAGGAUGAGACAGGCCGUACUUACAAUUCGCUGGCUUGUGAGCAUCUCUGGAGAAUUUAUACAUUACUAGCAGACAAAAUGUUAGAAAAUAAAGAACACCAACAGGCCAUCAAAACACUAAGAAAAGCUUUAAAAAUGGCAAAAGAAGGAGGUGACAUGAAGAUGGAAGGAGAAGCUGCAUAUUGCUUAAGUUUAGCAUAUAAUUUUGCUGGAAAACAACAGAUAGCAUUAUCAAAUUUGAACACCUCUGUAAAAAUCUUCACAGCACUUUGCGAUUCUGCUGGCCUAGGCAGAGCAUAUGCAACUAUAGCCAAAAUCCUGCUAAGUCAGAAAAAAGUGGCUGAAACUAUUAAGUACUUGGGAGAGUUUAUGAAGGCUGCUGAGAAUGCUCAUCUAAGCCAAAGCCUGGUGGAUGCGUGUGUGUUACUUGGGAAUAUUUACAAUGAAAGAGGGAAGUAUAAUGAAGCUUUUGAAUAUUUCAGUCAGGCUUAUGAGGCAGCAAAAACUUUAAAUAAUUUGCCCUUAGUGGAUGAAAUAAGAAGUUAUUGUGGCAUUGUGAAGGCUCAUAAGCUGAUGGUGCCAUUUAACAACCAUAUAGAAGCAGAAGAUUCUGUCAGCCUCAAGUACCUGCUGGCAUGGAAGGAGAACAGAAGUGACAUGUGCACUGACCCUCUUACAGUCGAACCAUCUAAAGAAUCAAGUGCUUCAAAGUCCCUGUGAGCUUAUUCCAAAGACACCAGUUCUAGAUCCUUCUGAGAACGUCUGCUUACAAAGAAGCUGGUAGAUGCGUAACGAGUAUAG